CCAGGGUCCGCGCCGUCUCCUUGCUUCUUGGGGUCGUAGCCUUGCACCCGCCGGGCGGAGGAAGUGUCCCGGCGGCUCCACGCGCGGGUGUGCGCGCGGGAUCCCAGCUGCUCGUGCACCCUCGCCCAGACUGCGGGGACCGGAGUAGGAGCCAUGGGCGGGGCCGCCAGCACUCGCCGGGUCACCUUCGAGGCGGACGAGAAUGAGAACAUCACGGUGGUGAAGGGCAUCCGGCUUUCAGAAAAUGUGAUUGAUCGAAUGAAAGAAUCUUCUUCAUCUGGCCCGAAGACUCGGCGGUAUUCUGGUAUUUAUGGUACAUCAGUUUCCGAUGAAGAAUUAAAACGAAGAGUAGCGGAGGAGCUGGCACUGGGACAAGCCAAACGGGAUUCUGAAAGUCAGCGGCGAUUCAAGCAAGCCAAGGAGCUGGAGCGAGAGAAGGCUGCAGCCAAUGAGCAGUUAACCAGAGCCAUUCUUCAAGAAAGGAUAUCAAGUGAGCAGGAGCGCUUGAAGGCAAAGCACCUGGCUAAGCAGCUGGAAGAAAAAGACCGAAUGAUAAAGAAGCAGGAUGCAUUCUACAAAGAGCAGCUGGCUAGACUGGAGGAGAGGAGCUCAGAGUUCUACAAAGUUACCACCGAGCAAUAUCAGAAAGCUGCUGAAGAAGUAGAAGCCAAGUUCAAGCGGUAUGAGUAUCAUCCAGUCUGUGCUGAUCUGCAGGCAAAAAUCCUCCAGUGUUUCCGCCAAAACACCCAGCAGACCCUCAGCUGCUCCGCUCUGGCCAGCCAAUACAUGCUGUGUGUCAACCAUGCCAAACAGGGCAUGAUAGAGAAAGGAGGAUAAAAUCAACUUUCAGAACAUGCAAAACUCCCUCAACGUUCAUUCCAGAGGCGGAACAUUUUUUUUUCCUAAUGAGAAAAUAAUCCAAUUAAGAGAGAAGAGAAGCCCCGGAAAAUGAAUUGGGCGGAAGCAUAUCAUGUUUUGAUCAGCAACAUUUUGAGAAGCCAAGACAUAGAUCAGGGAUCAGUUAUCAGCAGAUACACUGAGAAUGACAAACCCCAUUUAUGAUGAAUAAAAGAGGAGGGAAGCCCUCCUCACCUUUUUUUGUACUUUCUAUUCAAUUUCCAGUGACAUAAAAUGUUUCUCCCCACACCAAACUCCACCAUUGGUGGAGCUCCUCUCUAGGCAAGCUGGGAGGGGUGGAGAGGCUAAACUACGUGGCGCGGUGAGACAAGAGGAGAGCUAGGGAUGGCACAGCUGAGUAGAAUUAUCUAGGCUGUGGCUUGUGGUCUCUUUUUUUUCUCUUUUCUUCUUUGAUUAUGUAAGAGCUUUUCAUUUAACUUAUGAUGAUGAUCAUGUAAGUAAGAAGACAAAAAGGAAAGAAAAUGUACCUGUUUUACUGGAAUAAUGUUUAUGAUUUACAAUGAAAUAAGGCAUUUUUAUCAAUAUAAAGACAGCAUUGGCUUAUGCAACCUCUAUCGUGAAUACUGACAACUUCACUUACUAUCAAUAAUAAAUAUAUUUUCUGACAAAGACUGGCA